CCGUCUCUCUCUCUCUCUCGAGGCCUGGCUGCUUCCGACUUCUAGGGUUAGGGUUUCUCCGAGUCAAACGAGAUCCCCAAACUCUCUCCGUAUCUCACAUUUAACAAAUUCCGACAUCUUUGAUACGAUGCAGCCUGCUCCUGGUGUUGCCCCUCACAACAUGCCUCACCAGGCCCCUCAGUAUCAGCAACAGCAAACUCCUUACAUGAUGAUGCCCCCUCAGCCGCCUCAAACGCAGCCUGUCCCUCAGAUGUGGCCUCAACAGCCGCAGACCGCCUCGCCACAGGGCCAACCGCCUCAGCCAGCUAGCGGCGAUGAGGUCCGUACGCUCUGGAUCGGAGACUUGCAAUACUGGAUGGACGAGAACGCUCUUUUUAAUUGCUUUGCUCAUACAGGCGAGAUAUCCUCCGUGAAAGUCAUUCGGAACAAGCAAACUGGACAGUCCGAGGGUUACGGAUUUAUUGAGUUCUUAACACGCCCAGCUGCAGAAAGAGUACUUCAAACGUAUAAUGGCACCCCGAUGCCCAUCGGGGCACAAAAUUUCAGAUUGAACUGGGCAUCAGCAGGGGAGAAGCGACAAGAUGACUCUCCUGAAUAUACAAUUUUUGUAGGGGAUUUGGCUGGUGAUGUUACUGAUUACGUGCUUCAAGAGACAUUCAGGGCUCGUUAUACAUCCGUAAAGGGUGCCAAGGUUGUGAUCGACAGGCUCACUGGACGCACUAAAGGUUAUGGGUUUGUGAAGUUCGGAGACGAGACUGAACAAAUGAGGGCGAUGACUGAGAUGAAUGGUGUUAUCUGUUCAUCUAGGCCUAUGCGAAUUGGACCUGCGGCUAACAAGAACACUUCUGGUACUCAGCAAUAUGCGAAAACUUCAUACCAGAAUCCUCAAGGGUCUCAGAAUGAGAACGAUCCAAAUAAUACAACUAUAUUUGUGGGAAAUUUGGAUUCUAACGUCACUGAUGAACAUCUUAGACAAGUAUUCAGUCAGUAUGGAGAGCUGGUGCAUGUUAAGAUACCUGCAGGCAAGCGAUGUGGCUUUGUUCAAUUUUCAGACAGAAGCUGCGCCGAUGAAGCUUUGCGCAUGUUAAAUGGAACCCAAAUUGGUGGGCAAACCAUUAGACUUUCAUGGGGCCGUAGUCCUUCUAACAAACAGCCUCAGGCUGACCCUAAUCAGUGGAAUGGUGGAGGAGGAUAUUAUGGGUAUGGACAAGGAUAUGAAAACUAUAGCUAUGCUCCAGCUGCCCAAGACCCUAACAUGUUCUACAGUGGCUAUGGUGGGUAUGGGAACUACCAACAACCAGGACCGCAGCAGCCAUCGCAGCAACAAGGAGGAGGGUAUAUGUAGAUGACAAGUUUGCUUGUUGUUCCCCCCACCACCUCCCCACCUCAGAACGUGACCCCAAACUUCUGCUUGUCAUUUGUAGAAGAUUUUGAAGAUGUUUACUCUCAUCUAUUCUGUAUGACUCCGUUGACAUGAUGUCACUUGUGUGCUUGUAUUUGGCGUUAGAGGUUUUGCGUCUUGCGUUAUUUGUUUCUUCAUAAUCUAUCAUGGGUAGCCAGCCGCUGAAUGAUCUUUCUUAUUGUAAUUCUCGUAAAUUCUUGCUUAAAUUGCUGUACGUGGUUGCAGUACAACCUGAACCUACUAUUUAUGUUCCUGCUGGACUAGCCCAUCUGACUUAUAUUCUGGCUUUAUUGACACUUUUUUAUGGUAUUUAAGUGGCUUGAACUCU